AUGGAGCGUGGGGCCUUGAGGUCACAUGGCGAUUCAACCACAGCUUUUCAGAUUGAGGGCGAAAUGCUUAACGAAACGGUAGGCGCUAGGGCCGAAGGGAAGUCCCUUCAAUCAGUUUAUGACCGUGUUUUAUUAGGCACAAACAGAACAAUAGUGCAAAUUAAAGGUGAUUUCAAUUCAUUGUUACAGAGGCAUGUGUUCCAAAGAAUGUACAUUUGCUUGGGUGUCUGUAAGGAGGGAUUCAAGGUUGGAUGCAGACCUAUAAUAGGACUAUAUGGGUGCCCUUUGAAGAGUCCUUAUGAAGGCCAAUUGUUGUUAGCUAUUGGUCUAGAUGCCAAUAAUAUGGCAUGGGUUAUUGUUUAUGCUCAAGUGGAGAUGGAAACCAAGGAUUCAUGGAUAUGGUUUUUUCAGCUGCUUGUGAAGGAUAUUGAGUUGGUAAACCAAUAUGGGUUUACAUUCAUAAGAGAUAAGCAUAAAGGCCUGGUAGAGGCUUUUGAGGCAGUCGUGCCUAAUUGUUGUCACAGAUUUUGUGCAAGACACAUAUCCACAAACUUCAGUUUGGUAUACAAGGGGAAAAUGUUGAAGGAUGCAAUGUGGAAGGUUGCAUUUGCAACCACAAUUUUAGAGUUUAGAAGGGCAAUGGAAGUGUUGAGGACAUUGGAUGGUGAAGCUUAUAAAUGGCUUACAGCUCCAGAAAAACCACCAAGACAUUGGUCAAGGUGUAAGCCAAUAAUUUCAAUGAUGGAGGAGAUUAGGGUUAAGUUGAUGAGAAGGAUACAUAUUAGAAGAAAUUUGAUGAUGAUAUGGGAUUGUGCAAUAUCUCCUAGGCCCUUAGGAAAGCUUGAAACCAACAAAAAAAUUGUUGCUGAUUGCAUUGCUAUUAUAUCUGGAAAACCCAAGUUCCAAGUACAUACUGCAACAGGAGACAUUCCUAAAGGCAUUGAGAACAUUAUACAGCAUGUGAAGGGAAUGGACCAAUGGGAAAGAACAUAUUUCCCUGAAAUAUUACCUCUUAUGCAGUGGCAGAGCCACAGUGUGGUCAGUGGGGUCGUACGACCUCUUGGAAGCCAUGGACAUAAGCUUAGAGGUCCGUUGGAGCUGGGGGAGAGACCUCAUGGAGUUGCACACCAAGUGCUCGACGUUUUACCUGAGGAAGAAAGAAGCUGCGAGGAAGAAGAAGCACUGCAUAAGCCACCAAAUGAUAGAAACCAACCUGGUAAGAAAAGUAAGACUAAGGCUGUUAUUGGAACUUCUAUCCCAGUUUCCAAACUUGACAAGUAUGAAGCUGAGAUGGAGAGGAAGAAUCAAUUGAGAGAGAAGGCAAAGCAAAGAGCUAAAGUACUGAAGGAAAAGAGAGACAAAAAGAAAGCAGAAGUUGCAGCAACAUAUGCAGUAGAUUCAAGCAAUCCAAUUGGAGUUGUGAGGAAGAGGGCUAAACGCAACAACACAAGAUGCAACAAUUAUGCUUCUGUCCAAGAAUCACAAAGUGGAGUGUAG